AUGUCCGAAGGAGCAGCCGAUGCCACUGCAUGUCCAGUCGACCACGAAACCCGGCAGGCAUGGCUAGACCAGGCCAAAAAGGUCAAAGCACCGGAAGCCACAGCACCGCCGCCGCAAGCAACGCCCACGCCGCCGAUAGCCACUGACGCUUCUCAUGACCUCCGUCAGAAUAUGGCUAUGAUGUCGGCUGCCCAACGUGGUGCCCUCGACACCUUCCGCGAGAUCUCGACUAUCCCACGAGCAGUGUCUGCUGAAGGCCACGAUGCCGCUGUCAACACCCACACGCCUGCGAACAACGAGCAAGAGUCAGGAGUAGAUGAGAAGAGUGGAAACUGGAUCUAUCCGUCCGAGGAAAUGUUCUUCAACGCCAUGAAGCGCAAGAAUUACGAUCCUGAUGCCGCCGACAUGCGCACCAUUGUGCCCAUUCACAACGCUGUGAAUGAGCAGGCCUGGAAAGAGAUCAAGGCUUGGGAAAAGGGCAGAGGUUCCGAAGCAUGUGGUGGCCCCCGCCUCGUGUCCUUCAUGGGUCAGUCCAAGGAACUGACGCCCCGAGCUCGCUUCAACUCCAUCCUGGGCUACUCCAAGCCAUUCGACAGACACGACUGGAUCGUCGACCGCUGCGGCACCCACAUUGACUAUGUCAUCGACUUCUACGCGGGCAAGAACGAGGGCAAGCCUGGCAAAUCCCUCAACUUCUACCUCGAUGUGCGACCCAAGCUGAACAGCUGGGAGGGAGUCAAGAUGAGGGCAGAGAAGUUCUGGGGUCUGUGA